GUUGAAAGAUUGCUGUAAUGUGGUCUCUGGAAAUCAUUUGUUUUCUUCUGUGUUUUGUACCCAGUUAUCAACAGUUCCCCCGCAUGUGCGCAACUCAGGAAGCCCUGCGCACCAAGGAGUGCUGCCCGACUUGGGAAGGAGACGGCUCGGCCUGCGGUGCCAGCUCGGGUCGGGGCACCUGCGAGGAUGUGGUGGUCUCUGCGCAGCCCGACGGGCCGCAGUACCCCUUCUCGGGAUUGGACGACAGAGAGAAGUGGCCCUUGGUUUUCUACAACCGCACAUGCCAGUGUACUGAGAACUUUAUGGGUUUUAACUGCGGGGACUGCAUGUUUGGCUACUUUGGUGAGAACUGUAAUGAGAGGAGAGAGUCUCUGAGGAGGAAUAUAUUUCACCUGUCCAGGGCGGAAAGAAUCAAACUCGUGUCCUACUUGAACUUGGCCAAGCAGACAAUUAGCAGGGACUAUGUUGUGGUGACGGGAACCUACAGGGAGAUGCAAAACGGCACCAACCCGAUGUUUGCCGAAGUGUCUGUGUAUGACGUGUUUGUGUGGAUGCAUUACUACGUGUCCCGGAAUGCGCUCUUAGGCGGGCCGGGGAAUGUGUGGACCGAUGUGGAUUUUGGCCACUGGGCGCCCGCAUUUCUUCCGUGGCACCGAGCAUACUUGUUGCACUGGGAGCACGAGAUCAGGAAGCUGACUGGAGACAUGAGUUUCACCACCCCGUACUGGGACUGGAGGGAUGCCCAGGGCUGUGACGUGUGCACAGACGAGCUGAUGGGGGACCGGAGCACACAGGAUCCCAGUCUUAUCAGCCCCGGCUCGGUCUUCUCAUCCUGGAGGGUCCUGUGCUCCCAAGCUCAGGACUACAGUGCCAGAGGUGUGCUGUGCGAUGCUACGGAGGAAGGGCCCCUGCGUCGUAACCCUGGAAACCACAAUCGCAAUUUAGUGGAACGACUACCAACUUCAGAUGAUGUGGAGUUCACUCUGAGUCUGACCAACUAUGACACCGGACCAAUGGACCGCAGUGCCAACAUGAGCUUCAGAAACACUCUGGAAGGAUUUGGAGACCCUCAGACGGGGUUGGGAAACAGUUCUCGUUUGGGCAUGCAUGCUGCUCUACACGUGUACAUGAACGGAUCCAUGUCUUCAGUGCAGGGCUCUGCAAACGAUCCCAUAUUUCUGCUUCAUCAUGCUUUUGUUGACUGCCUUUAUGAGCAGUGGCUCAGGAGGCACAGACCAUCUCCAUCCCAGUAUCCGGAGUCAAAUGCUCCUAUAGGGCACAACAGCGAAUACCACAUGGCACCAUUCCUACCUCUGCACAGGAACAGAGACUUCUUCAUUUCCAGCAAAGACCUGGGAUAUGAAUACACUCACCUGCUAGAUGCUAGUCAAAAGCUAGCAGAAUCAUUGCACCCUUCCCUCGAGGAGUUGCAGGACGUGUGGCCGUGGCUGCUUCUUGCAGGGCUUUGUGGAGGAAUUUUGACAAUAGCCAUAGCUGCUGCGGUCCUAACUACAAAACGAUGGUACAAAGGAUCAUCCUGGUUGCAUGCUAGAAGCUGGAAACAUGCAUUUGCUCUCCCUGAAAGACAACCACUUAUCCGGAGCAAUGAAAUAGAGGAAACCAACCAACAUAACUACCAAACAACUAUGUGAAGGCAAAGCCUGUCUAGCUUAGCCUUAUCGAUCUAUGAAUUUUAAUACAAAAGCACUGUGAAUUUUUACUUUGAACUAACUAAAAACAACUUUUAUGAUAUCUGAUAUUUCCAAUAUAUUUAACUGUAUUACAAGUGGGAAUAAAAACCUGUGCAUGCAGUAACUUUCAAAAAUGGAUUAAUGGCCAUGUUAAGCUUUAAACAUGUUCCUCCUACAACUGGUAACUUGUCAAACUCUACCAAGAAGAUCAUUUCUGACAUGGUCUUUACAACUUUUAUGGUUUUUUCAUGGGAAUGUUCCACAGUGACUCGUCACAUUUAUUCUCUAGAUUUCAUACAGUUUAGCUGAUUACCUUGAAAGUCAGGUCUGGAGUGUGUUGCGUCAGCCAUAUAUACACAAACAUUUAUUAUGGUUUAUUAAAAGCAUGUCAUGCGCAUAUAUACACAACUGCAAUUCAGAGUAAAGAGAAAAGUGUUUCGUCAGAGCCUUUUUUUCCUUGUUAUCUUUAUGUGGGAGUUGAGUGAACCACAUUUUGAUUAAUGUUUGAAUUGAUCAUGUUUGUAAUGUGAAAAAUGUUUUUUGGAAGAGAGAGAGAAAAAGUUUUAUCUGCUUAAAAGUGAAGAACCGAGACUUCAACAGCAACGGGAUUAGGUUCAGUUUUCUAACCUAUGACAAAUGCAAUAGAUUAAAAAAAAACACAGUGACAUUUGUAAAAGUCCUUGCAAUUCCAAAAGUCGAUGCAGUUCAGAAACUUCUUUUGAAAGGUCACACCUACUUUCAUCUAAAAAAAGCAUUCAGCUUCCCAUACUCUUUCACUCAUGA